AAAAGCAAACACAUGUCAAGAUAUCUAAACAGAAUGAAGUUCUUAGCUGUGUUAAUCAUCGGUAUUGUAGCAAUUUUUGGGCUAGGAACAUCAGCAGAGCAAUGUGGAAAACAAGCAGGGGGUGCCCUGUGUCCAAAUGGGCUCUGUUGUAGCCAAUACGGGUGGUGCGGCUCCACCCGUGGCAGCGGCAGUGAUGUAGGCAGCAUAAUAACUCCAACUCUCUUCGACGACAUGCUAAAAUAUCAAAGCGAUGUAAGAUGCCAGAGCAAUGGUUUCUACAUGGAUGAUGCUUUCAUCGCUGCUGCUCAAUCCUUUAAUGGAUUUGGCACCACCGGUGAUAUCAAUACUCGUAAGAGAGAACUCGCCGUUUUCUUAGCUCAAACCUCUCGUGAAACAUCAGGGAAAGGAACGACCCUCCUGCCUAUUGCUCAUCCAGUGAAUGGCCAUGUCCUCCAGGCAAACAAUACUGUGGCCGAGGAUCCAUCCAACUCACACGAUAUAUCAGCAGGUCGGGUCCCGGCCUAUGGUGUCUUCACCAACAUAAUCAACGGUGGGGUGGAAUGCGGCCAUGGCCAGGAUGAUGAGGUGGAUAAUAGGAUUGGUUACUAAAAGAGGUACUGUGACAUUAUGGGUGUGAGUUAUGGAGAAAACUUGGAUUGCAAUAAUCAGGGGCCCUUCGCCUAAGCUGCUGCAGUAAUUAAUUCGCAAAAGAAUAAAGAGAUCAAUAAUGU